GAUAGGCAGACUAUAUUUUAGGCUACAAGCUAGCCUACUGAUUAGGUCUAGGCUCUAUGAUAGGCCUAUUUCUAUCACGAUUUACUCAUUUAAUAAUCCAACGUUCAAGGUACGAGAUGCAAUGUCACAAUUUUAUAACUAGAUGUCAUUGAAGUGUUGGGUGUUGCUUGGAAGCAGGCAGCGGAGGCACAUUUACUGAGAACCAGGCUAUAACUGGAGAGAGCAUUCCUCAACACCAGUCACAGUGGAGGCGGCGGUUUCUCCCGUGCACAUAGCCCACUCCACGCUUUUGGUGCACUCCAAAGGGGCGAAGGAGGAGGACGACGGCGGCGUGUUGUUCCUUAAUGAGCGUCUGAUUUCUUCAUUUUCAUCGUAAUCUGGAUUAAAGAACGGCUUGUAUUUUGGGCGUGUUUCAAGGCGAGAGCUGCGAUGUCGGAGUUUUUGGUGAAUCUACUCGGAGAGCGGCUCGUCAACAGUGAGAAAGCCGAGGUAGAUGUGCAAGCACUGGGCAGCAAGCUGUCCCUGGUCGGGCUGUACUUCGGUUGCAGUUUAAAUGGCCCUUGCAAGCAAUUCAACGCCAGCCUGUGUGAGUUUUACAGUAAGUUCAAGAAAACAUCGGAACACAAAGACAAAUUGGAAAUCGUCUUCAUCUCGUCUGAUCAGGACCAGAAACACUGGCAGGACUUCUUACAAGAGAUGCAGUGGCUGGCGUUGCCUUUUAAAGACAGACACAAAAAGAUGAAGCUGUGGAACAAGUACAAGGUGACCAGUAUCCCCUCGCUGGUGUUUGUGGACGCGACCACGGGGAAGGUAGUGUGUCGGAACGGCCUGCUUGUGGUGCGAGAUGAUCCAACAGGUCUGGAGUUCCCCUGGGGGCCCAAGCCCUUUGCAGAGGUGGUGGACGGACCCCUGCUCCGGAACAACAUGCAGACGACAGACUGCAGCGGCCUGCAGGGCGCCUACGUAGGAGUCUACUUCUCAGCGCACUGGUGCCCCCCUUGCCGCAGUCUCACUCGGGUGCUGGUGGAAUCGUAUCGUAAAGUAAAGGAGUCUGGACAGAAGUUUGAGAUAGUGUUUGUCAGCGCCGAUAGGUCAGAAGACUCGUUCACACAGUAUUUUAGUGAGAUGCCCUGGCUGGCCAUCCCCUACUCGGACGAAGCCCGUCGGUCACGACUUAACAGACUCUAUGGGAUCCAAGGUAUCCCCACCUUGAUCCUGCUGGACACAGAGGGCCACAUGAUCACGCGGCAGGGCCGUGUGGAGGUGCUGAACGACCCGGAGUGCCGGCUGUUCCCGUGGCACCCGCGGCCCGUGCUGGAGCUGAGCGAGUCCAACGCCGUGCAGCUCCACGAGGGGCCCUGCCUGGUGCUGUUUGUGGAUGCUGAGGAGGAGGGCGAGCUGGAACCGGCUAAAGAACUCAUCCAGCCCAUUGCAGAGAAGCUGCUGGCCAAAUACAAGGCCAAAGAGGAGGAGAGCCCCCUGCUCUUCUUCGUGGCUGGAGAGGACGACAUGAGCGACUCGUUGCGCGACUACACCAACCUGCCCGAGGCAGCGCCCCUGCUCACCAUACUGGACAUGUCGGCCCGCGCCAAAUAUGUGCGAGACGUGGAAGAGAUUACCCCCGCCGUGGUGGAGCAGUUUGUCACCGACUUCCUGGCCGAGAAGCUCAAGCCGGAGCCUAUUUAAGAGAACAAAGAGGAACAUGGGAUGGCACUAGACACAGAACAUGACCUUUAUCAACUCAACGCCAUAGAUACCCCCCUCCGAGCCCACAGUCAUUUCAAGUCCCCCAGAUCUGACAUCUCCGUCGACCCUGAUUCUUCCAGACUGUUAAAGAGCCAAACUUUAUACUUUGUUUUUUUGUUACUUUUCCCAGUCCUCUCCUGCUCCUGUGGUGCCUUGCGUUGAUGAAUUGAUGACUGCCCCAACAGUAAAGUACAGAUAUACCGUUACUUCUUUUAGCAUCCUUGAAGUUUGUUUGCCUCUCCUUUUCCUGGUGUUUCAUGAUGAGAAUUGCUUGAUGAAAUCCCACAAAGACCCAAUGGACUUGAAUGUCAAAUGUUGCAAAUGUGCUUUGGCUUUUUUUUUUAUCAAUGUGACUUCACACCUUUUAUUUUAGGUAUGUCCCGUAAAAGAAUAAAAUGAUUAAACAGAUUUUAAGUUGAUAGCCGUGUUUUAUAUACAUAUUGUGCAAAACAUUCUUUUUUAUAGUAUUGUCUUUCCAGAAUGUACCUCUGAGUAUGAAAAUGCUGCAAAAUAUGCACCUGACACAAUUGUGUUGUUGCUUCAUCUGACAAGUGGUCAUAUUAACAUGUCUUCACUGCAUUUCAGGUUUUAUUUUUUACCGUUAUAUAUAUACUCUGCAUCUUUUUUUUAUUACGACGACGACCAUUUUCAACUAAACCCAGUGGUCAUCAUGACCUCCAAAUCUAUACUGUGUGUUCUAUGAAGGUCUCGAUCAAGACCAAAUUGUUGUAAGUGGACAUUAUCACCUUUCUAUACUUAUGAAAGCUGCUCAUAGUGUAUGAAACCACAAGAAAACUAACGGCUAGUCAUUGGUUUUCACUAUCCAACUGCCUCCUACUACUGACUUAGUAGUAUAUGGACUAGUCUCCACUUUAGAUGCCACCUGCUGGCUGAACCAGAAAUGACACCAAUGAGAAGCGACGUACAAAUGCUCAAUUUAUAUAUUGUGCUUAUUGUGAUUAUUUUAAAAUGUUGUUAUAGUUGGCCUCCUUUGGCUCAUUGUGAGCCUUGAAUUUGUUUAAUAAAACUCAAGUCAAGCACA